GUCACAAGUAUUGAAUGUCGUGUAAUUAUUAUAUCCAUCAGACCUCUAAGUCUAAUUUCACCUUGUACAUGGGCGAGGAGCGACGGGGGAAACGUCCUGAAAAAUCGGACAGAAGGAGUAAGGCCAUUUCCGCAAAUUCUGUUAAAUCAUUUUCCUGAGACGAUGCCAUCCAGUAGUUGUGCUAGUAGUUCCUCAUCUUCUAGUCUUCUCAACAAGAGCAUCGCGAAGAUCGCAGGGGCAUCCUCGUCAACAUCUUCUGCCUCGUCAACAUCUGCUGUGCCCACCCAGGAAGAUCAACAACUGCAAGCGCCGGAGACUAUUUCUUCUCCUUCUCAACCACAGCCAAGCUCUGGAUCUAAGGCACGACUGAGGACUAGUAACAUUAAGCCACGUAGAACUUCAACAAAAGUAGGGCACGACUGACUAACAUUAAGCCACGUAGAACUUCAACUUCUUGCCGAAGCUGUAGUAGCUUUCUUGGCCGCAUCUCAUCUGGAAGUGGACUACAAAUGGAUCCACAAGUUCUGCAGAAAUCUACUAGCUACAACCAUAACGUUUUUCGCUCCGCUAGAACUCUUGAUCCCAUUUGGUGUUCGGCAGCGUUCUUCCGUCUCCUGUCUACUGUGGAAAAGGGCCCUUGACUUCCUUCUGCCGCACCACCACAGUCAUCUUCCAGAACCUUGGCCGCAUCUCAUCUGGAAGUGGACUACAAAUGGAUCCGUUCUUGCUUGCCUCGACGGGCGUCUAGCUGUAGUAAAAGCGAACAAGUGACUGCAUAGUGAGUGGCAGCUUCCCCAAAGAAGAUGAUGACUCUAUUGAUGCUUUUGGCUACCAACGACAACAACAACAACAACAGCAUGGUAAAGUUCCGUUUGUAGGACCAGGAGUAGGUGACCUCAAUAACAUCAACGGGCUACAACUGCAACAGAGUUUUCAGCCAACUGCUCUACGCGGAAUGACAACGCACUUUUAUGCGCCUCCUGCACCUGUUGUGAUCGUUAAUAGCAACUCGAAAUCCUCAACUACUAGUGGUCAACGCAAUUCACACAAUGCAAUGACUGCUGCCAGCGCGAUUCGAAGAAACAACGCUGGUGAGUCGCUAAUAGCGCGCUUGGCCUUCCAAGCAGAUCAUAGUCGACAUUCUCCUACUUUGGUUUAGGCGACUGCAAGGAAAUUGCAACGAAAUAACACACGGAGAAGUAGCAACAGUGGUGCAAGCAGUCCUGGGACAUCUUCACAUAAUCAGGCUGAGAGUCGGUAUCUUGCGAUC